GACAUAAAGUGAUAAUAUAAUUGAGACUCACAAAGUGCCAUACGAAAAUAUCAGAAAUUCUAUCCAGAUUGGCGCGAGUCGUCAUUGAAUUCAGGAACAGCUUCGGUCCUGUCAUUCAAUACCAGAUUGGCUCAACGAUCUCUAGAAUUAUGAUAUACUUAAAGUGAUAAUAUAAUUUGAGACCCACAAAGUACCAUACGAAAAUAUCAGAAAUUCUAUCCAGAUUGGCGCGAGUCGUCAUUGAAUUCAAGAACAGCUUCGGUCCUGUCAUUCAAUACCAGAUUGGCUCAACGAUCUCUAGAAUUAUGAUAUAAAGUGACGAUACAAUGUGUGACCCAAAAAUUACCACAAGGAUGUCAGAAAUUCUAUCCAGAUUGGCGCGAGUCGUCAUUGAAUUCAAGAUCAGCUUCGAACCUGUCAUUCAAUACCAGAUUGGCUCAACGAUCUCUAGAAUUAGACAUAAAAGUGACGAUACAAUGUGUGACCCAAAAAUUACCACAUGGGUGUUAGAAAUUCUAUCCAGAUUGGCGCGAGUCGUCAUUAAAUUCAAGAACCGCUUCGGUCCUGUCAUUCAAUGCCAUAUUGGCUCAACGAUCUCUAGAAUUAGACAUAAAAAUGACGAUACAAUGUGUGACCCAAAAAUUACCACAUGGGUGUUAGAAAUUCUAUCCAGAUUGGCGCGAGUCGUCAUUAAAUUCAAGAACAGCUUCGAUUCUGUCAUUCAAUGCCAGAUUGGCUCAACGAUCUCUAGAAUUAGACAUAAAAGUGACGAUACAAUGUGUGACCCAAAAAUUACCACAUGGGUGUCAGAAAUUCUGUCCAAAUUGGCGUGAGUCGUAAUUAGAUUCAAGGACAGCAAAUUGUAAUAACAUAAUGAAUUUGACUUACAUGAUAUAAUUCCCAUAGCGGAAGCUUUUUCCUAAUAGUGUGAUCAAUUAAUUUAACGAUUUAUAAAAGAAUCAAAAUCACUCUCUAGCUCACUUGUCAUGCCCGGUCAAGGCAAAAAUCUAUACUGAAUUACAUUACACAUUACACAGAUUGUGCCUCGUAUGCAUUGAGGAAUGUGGGCUAUACUAUACCAUAUAUUAUAUCAAUCAGGUAUCCUCUGACUCGUGGGAAACUUUUUAAUAAACAACUAGUUUCAGUUACUGACUUCGCUUGAUAAAUUAUUUUUAUUGCAGGGUACAGGUUUACCUACAAUACAUUAUGAAGAAGGUGAACAAGUUUUCACUUUUGAUUCAUCAUGCAGAAUCAAUGCUUUGCGUUUACUCAAAUAUUGUUAUGUUUUUGUUCAACUGUAAUGAUGAUGGUGAUUAUAACGUUCGACUUAUUGUUCGAUUCAAAGCAGGUUGAAAUAAGGUUAAUAUUAUUUAAAAUAUCAGUAUUGAAACGUUGCACUCCUUGUUCAUUACAACUUAGGUACCUACCUAAUGUACAACUAGAUCGUGAUUAUAUAAUCAUCACAACCAGUAUGCAGGUAUAUUCAUGAUAUUCCUCUUCGUAAGAUUAUCGUUUAUAUUCAAUGUACAUAAUUUAGUCAGAAAAAAAAUGUAUGUAGAGAAUCGAACUUGUAACAUAUACCUACAUUGAACAUCAAACUCUUAACCACUGAGCCAUCGUCGUACUGCGUCAUCGGAAAUAGGUGUAAGUUUACGUCUGUGUAAUAAAUACCUAAUUAAUAUGAAUAUGCGGUGUAUCAUUUUACAAAGUGUUGCGACUAACUCGUUUGUUCGUGAGAAUAGCAACUAAGCAUUUUAGCGAUGACUACGCGUCCAAAAUGCAAAAAUUUGAAAUAUGCAAUGCAUAAUCCGUUAUUGUCUUGCAUUUAAGGUUUUAUUUUGCAUAAUUCAGUUUUGCACGGAUUUGUAUUGUUUUUCUAUAAAAUAGGAAAAAUCAUUAAACUUUACUCAUUCCUUUGAUCGAUUCCCAAUUGUCCACAAUUGUGGUAUCCUCAUCCGUGUUAUUUUCAUCUUCAGUGCUUUUCUUCAAGAAAGUUUGUUAAAAUGUUAGUAAGUAUUUACAUUUACUUUUAGUUUAUGUAUUAUGUUGGAGUUUUUUACAUAAUAAAUUUACACAACAUUUUAAAUACCAUGUACCUAACCGAUUUCUUAAUUUUCAGGUCUAACUACGAAUAUUCAUCCGGUUCGGACUCCCAACUGCCGCUGGCGCCUACGUCUGCGCUAAAAGUGUUGAAAAAGAAGCCUGCGAGCAAGAGGAAGCCGGCGGAGUCGACCCCAACGCCUACUAGUUCUAAAAAGAAGUCGCGUUCGAGCGCCAACGACGAGGCAGGCGCGACCGCAACGUAUUCAUCGAGUACUGGCCCUGGAGGACUCUUCGGGUUUGAGACGGGAGCAACUUCGGGGACGUCGAAGUCUGCAGUGCUGCAGACUUAUUUGACCAGCCGCGUCCCCAACGGUCGAGUGCGCCGGGAGCUCGUCAACCAGUCUGGCGAGUACUAUAUAGAGUUCCGGGUGUAUAACACCGAGAAAGCUGUUGCCUCUAAACCAGAUCAGCGGUGGAAAGAGGCUGAAGUUACUCUUAAAGUAAAGUUAGAUCGGGGGACUCCGCAGUGGGAGAAAAUGCAAUCGUUUAUGCAGCGGAUUCAUAAUUUAUUUGAAGAUUGUGAGCCCGUCUUCAUAAGUGAAUAUUAA